AUGACACGUGGAAGAUAUCAACAUCUUGCACCGUCUUCAAAAGCGGCUAAAGUAAAUCGUCUUCGCUUCUUUGAUCAUAUAUUAAGGAGACCGGCAGAUCGCCUUGUUCAACGAGUUCUGAGGAGUUCGUCGGGUUCGAGCUGGAAGAAGCCACCUGGCCGAAAACGGAAGUUCUGGACUGAGGCGGUGAAAGAGGACCUGAGGACACUCGGCGUGGAUAGGCAGUUCAGGCGAGACGUAAGGUUUCGCAGAAUAUGGAAUAGCGACGAAUGGAUUGAUUCUGUGCAAGCUCUCGCAGAAGAUCGAGAAGGUUGGGCAGAGCUGUGUUCAAGGACGGCACACCUCGGCGAAGAUGUGGGUAAUCGCGUCAGGCGAUGA